UUGCAAUUAUAAAAUUUAGAUCAUGUCUCGCCCUGAACACAUUGCACCACCAGAAAUUUUUUAUGGUGAAGAUGAAGCCCGAAAAUACACAGACAAUUCACGUAUUACCUCUAUUCAAGCAGAAAUGGCAUAUCGCUGUUUAGAAUUACUUAAUCUGACAGAAGGACCAAAAUAUUUAUUAGAUAUUGGAUGUGGUUCUGGACUUAGUGGAGAAAUAUUAGAAGAAGAAGGACAUAUUUGGGUUGGUUUCGAUAUUUCAGAUGCUAUGUUAGGCAUUGCUCAAGAAAGAGAAGUAGAAGGGGAUUUAUUUUUACAAGAUGCAGGACAAGGACUAGGAUUUCGACCUGGUGUUUUUGAUGGCUGUAUUAGUGUCUCUGUGCUUCAAUGGCUCUGUAAUGCAGAUAAAGCAAUUAAUCGUCCCAAGGCACGUCUUCAACGCUUUUUUUCAACUCUUUAUGCAUCACUGACGAAAGGCGCACGAGCUGUCUUUCAAUUCUAUCCUGAAAAUGAUGAUCAAAUUCAACUUAUUAUUGAUGUUGCUACACGAUGUGGUUUCGAAGGGGGUCUCCUUGUAGAUUAUCCUAAUUCUAAAAAAGCGAAAAAGUACUAUUUAUGUUUAUUUGCAGGACAACAAAGUGGAGUGAAAAAUCAAAUGCCCAAAGCGCUAGGUGAAGAAGAAGGUGAGAUGCAUCCUGACGAAGCACGUUCAAUUCAAUUUGAAAAACGCAAUCGACAUCUUAAAAGAAAGAGAAAUGAUCGUAAAUCAGUGAAAAAUAAAGAAUGGAUUCAACAUAAAAAGCAAAUAGCAAGAGAUAAAGGCGAUAAAGUGGUUGCAAAGGAUUCGAAAUAUACAGGAAGAAAGAGAAAAGUUAGAUUUUAAAAAACAAAAAAAAAAAAAAUAAAAGCCUU